AAGUCGCUCGUGCGCCCGGCAGCACCCUGCCGAAACACCCUGCCCCGGCCAUGCGGUGCGACGGGCGGCCCUUGGGCGUGCUGGCAGCUGUCACCAAAGGGCUCUUCAUCCUCUGGGCGGUGCCGGGCCAGGGGGGGCGGCCCCUGCAGCCCCCCACCCUGCAGCAGAUCCAGGCACUGGUGAGGCACAUGGCCGAGGACGCGCAGGAGAUUUUCGCCUUCUAUACGAGGAGGACCAGCACCUGGCCAUCAACCACCUCUGCCGCACCGACCGCCCUCCCGAGUGGCUGCGGGGACCGGUGAUGGGACCUGGGGGGCUGCGGGGGCUGCGGGAGACCAUGGUCCGCAUGGCCCAGGCGCUGCAGGACAUCACCCGGCACCAGCGCGACCUCAACCCCCCCGGCGCCGAAAUCCUUCGCCGCUUGGCCAGCACCCACCUGAAGGUGCGAGGGCUCCUCAGCAACCUGGAGGGGCUCUUCCCGGCCCCCAGCCCCCGCCCCGGCCACCGACCCCCGCCCGGCCCCACGGCACCCACCAAGGUCUUUCGGCAGAAGCUGGAGGGGUGCCGGAUCCUCUGGAGCUACUCCCGCUUCAUGGCCAAGCUCAACACCCAGCUGGAGGCCAGGAGCCGCCGAGCACGCCGGGAGAAGCGGCGACCGCACCGGGGCUCGCGGAUGCCCAAGUGCUCCUAGAGUAGCCCCGCCGCCACCGGAGUUAUCCCUGUCUCCAUCUCCAUCCCAUCCCAUCUCCACUCCGUCCCCGUCCCCGGGAUGGAAACUCGCCGGCCGGCCGGGACGCGCCCCGGAGACCCUCUAAGCUCGCAGGGGUGAGGACGCAAGCGCGCUCAAAGCGGUUUCCAUCGCUUCGGCUUGCCGUGGGGACCAAGCUGUCCCCGUGCCACCGCUCGGCUGCAGGACAGCCCCGCUCCGCUCCCGGCAGCCCCCCCACAUCCCGCCCCACGUCUCGGUAGCCCCGGUGCCGCGGGGAACCGCGCGCUCCGGCGCGCUCGGGCGUCCCCCGGGUGCCCGGCGCUGAGGGAUGGAGCCGUCCCCUUGUCACCGAGCCCCGCUGGAUUUUCCAGUGAUUCAAUGGGUCCGGUGACCCAGCCUGACUAAGAGCCGCUCGCCCAGCACCCGCCGCCCCGCCGGCAGGGUGCGGCCCCGGCCCACAGAGAGCGCUGGUGGCACCGGCGAGCGGCACCGGCGUUGUCACCCCUCUGCCUGGCCGUCCCUGCGCCGGGUUUGCUGAUCCCAGAGAGCAUCUGGGAGUGGAAUCCUGUGGGCUCGGUGGGCCCGUGAGCUCGGUGGCCCCGUGUGCUCGGUUGUCCCCGCAAGCUCAACGUCCCUGCGCUCAGCCCCGUCCUCAUCCCUGCAUGUUCAGUGUCCCCAAGCCCUCAGCAUCCCUGCGCUCAUCCCUGCUCUCCCGGUGUCCCCCCCCAUGCUUUGCCGUGUCCCUGGGCUCGCUCUUGCACGCUUGGUGACCCCACGCUCUUGGUGUCCCCGUGCCCUCAGCAUCCCCAGGGACCCCACGCUCGUCCCUCUGCGCUCAGCAUCCCUGUACCCUCAGUGUCCCCCGUGUCCCCAAGCCCCUCGGGCCGUGCCACCGCAGCCCUGCCUCUGCUGGGCAGGGGCUCGGCUCCGGCCACCGCACUGUGACAGUGGGUGGCAGCACCCACCCCCUCCCCACUAAUUUAUACGUUAAUAUUUGUGUGGUUAUCGUAUUUAUUGAAUCUUGGGGUUAAUUUAAUACGUCCCUGCAAAGGGAAGAAAUAUUUAAGGACGAGUUUUUAAUAUAUAAAUAUCUAUUUUUAUGAUAACUUUUUUUUGUAUCGUGUUAAACUAUGAAUGUAACAAGGUUUUAUUUAUGAAUAGCAACACUUUUUGGUACUGUGAGAAGGGCGGCGCCCACCAUGGGCUCGUGGC